AGUCACAUGUGCUUGGUAAACACUAGAUGUGAGUGUGACAGGCUGGUGCUGCGUCAGUUUUGCAGGGUCAUACAUUAAAUUUAUUGUCGAAAGAAGAUGGUACCAGUUUAUUAUAAGUUGUCACUGUCAUCUUAACAAACAAUGAGAGUCUGAACUUUCUUUUGAGUAUGGUAACGUUAUCAACCCGCCUUUUUGUCAAGCCUAAAGUGUACAGUAUUUCGGAUUCGUGAGAUAUUCGCCCUUGAGGAGAGAAGUGAUUUUGGCGUGUACAUAAUUCAGUAAGUUUACAUUAUGCAUAAUUGAUUUGAAAUAGUACGUCAGGAGCUAAUAUUUAAGUCUUUUCUAAACAUUGUUAUGAAUAUAUCAAGCGGUGUUAGUAUAAAACGGUUUGCAUCAUGUACUGGAUUUGCAAUAUUAUUGUUCACAUUUGGUGCUAUACUUGGGACCAUCAGAAGAGCUGCGAUCGAUGAUGCCAAAUUCCAGGUCAGAGGAGCUUCCUGGCGUGGGGCUCUAAAAUUGAAGGAGGCAAUAAAACCUGCAAUUCAGAGUGAGAGCUUUGCAUUCAGACGUCUCCUUGAAGAUCCUAAUGACGAUGAUAACUGUACAGACCGAGGCAUUAGUAGCUUUCCAACGUUAUUCACAAAUGAGCAGCGAUUAAACGGUGCAAUCAUCAUUAACAUUUUAAUUGCAACCUAUCUGUGUGGGGUUAUUGGAUAUAUAUGUUCAGCUUACUUUGUUCCCUCCCUGGAAGUGAUCAGUGAAAGACUUGGGCUACAACCUGAUGUUGCUGGUGCAACAUUUAUGGCCGCUGGUAGUUCUGCCCCAGAAUUCUUUUCAGCUGUUAUUGGCACCUUCAUAAGUGAAGACGACACCGGAUUGAGUGCUGUUGUUGGAUCUGCAGCCUUCAACGUCUUCAUCAUUAUCGCUCUUGUAUCAUUUUUUAGUGGAAGGGUUGUACAUCUGACUUGGUGGCCACUGAUUAGAGAUUGCAUUUGUUACGUCAUUGGUAUAUUACUACUGGUCUUUGUUAUGUAUGAUUCGAUCAUCGUAUGGUGGGAAGGUUUGAUUUUGGCCUUAAUGUACAUAGCCUACAUCGUUUUAAUGUAUUUCAAUCCAGUAUUAUCUCAUAAGGCAAGUCAGUGGUCAGAAAAACGAAAAAAAAAAGAUGAUGAAUCAAACCUUAUCGUUGAGGAUACACAAGCACAAAUUGGGUACGGUACAAGCGAAAAUGGGACUCUUUCCAAUAGCAAUGAUACAAGUCUACCAUACAAUCCACCAGUGGCAGACCACUCAACAAGUUUUAGUUUACCAGUUGGAUCAAAUGGAAUUACUACCUCAAGGAAAAGAAAUGAUUCUGAGAUCAGCGAACAUCCUGAAAGACUGGAUAAAAGAGUGGUGCUGUCACCUCCAUCUGGAACAUUGUCUUGUCUUUUGUGGGUUCUUGGGUUCCCUGCUAUACUUCUGAUUUACUUCACAAUACCUGAUUGUCGGAGAAAAGGCUGUUGGAGGGAGUGUUAUUUACUAACGUUUGCGCUGUCCACUGUCUGGCUAGCCUUCACAUCCUAUGCUCUAUAUUGGAUGAUUGUGGUUAUAGGUUACACAUUAAAUAUCCCAGAUACUGUAAUGGGAAUUACCUUCCUUGCUGCGGGUACCAGUGUUCCAGAUGCCAUUGCAAGUGUACUUGUAGCAAGAGAUGGAUUUGGUGAUAUGGCAAUUUCAAACAUUAUAGGCAGUAACAUCUUCGAGAUCUUCGUCUGCCUUGGUUUUCUGUGGUUCCUAAAAGCUGUCAUUGACGAGCCAACAGUAAUUGCCAGUGAUGGAUUAACUUUUACAGCAUUAGCAUUAUUAUUUACCGUAGCGUUUAUCAUACUCCUCAUUCAUUUUAACGGUUGGAAGUUAGAUGGCUUGAUGGGAAUUAUUUGCACCCUGACUUAUUCGAUAUUUAUCGUCAUUGCUAUUUUAAGGGAAUUGGGAAUUAUCGGCGACGUGGAAUUACCGGAAUAUUGUCCUGGACCGGAAUAAUCUUUAAAGUGAUAAUUCUUAUAAUAUUGGUAUUUAGCGAGUUAUAUACAUAUACAGAUAAUAUCCAUUGUCAAUACAGUAUAUAUAAACAAUGAUGUUGACAGAUUGAUAUUUAAGCAACCAAAUAUAUAUAGUUGUUUUUCACCGAAGCAGGAUAAACACAUCAUCAACAAAAAAAGCUUAUCCGAGGCUUAGAUGCUGUAUCUUGACGAAGGUGGGCGUUGCGUUACAUUUUAUUUUCAAGAACAAUCUGCUCAGUCUACCACUGACAAUCAACAGUUAGUCGUGUAACGUCAGCGUUCACACGGAGCAGAGAUAUGUUUGUCGGCUGCAGUGUGGCAGGCCUGAUAGUAUACUAUCCUAUUUGGGUUUCCUUUCCACUCUUUGUUAAUUAAUUAGCAUUUGACUUUCUGUUACUUUCUGUUACCUCUGAUCAACAUUUUGAUGCGUAAGCUUUGUUUCCAUAAAAUUGCUAUACUCUAUUGCCAACAGCUUUUGACGACGCCGGUUAUAUUCGGUUGAAUUGAGGAGCAAUGGCAUCAAGGACAGCUAUGCAAUGUAACAAUCGCAUUUAAAUCAUGUAACGAUAGUGUAGCAAUUAUAUGGAAGCCAGGUUGACCACACAUAUCAUUUAACUAUGCAAAGAUUGCAUGGAAAUAUUUGUUUACAAAAUUCUUUUAUUGCCACUGUACUAUCUCUGACACCAAACAAUAUCACUUAUAUACUUGUUGGAUACGACUGUGACUACCGUGGAGAUUGCGUAAAGGCCUGUUUAUACUUCAACGAUAACGAUAACGUUAAAAAAACUAAAAAGCAAUUGUUCAUAUAGAAAAUAAAAGAAAUAAGAGAAGUUUUUACACUAGAACAAUUCAAUACCGAUUUAUUAGUUAUGUGAUAACAACAUAUUUUGACAAAUCAAAUCAGAUGACGUCAUAACCAUGAAAAAACAUUAAAAUUGUAGUAUUAGCAACGAUUUUAUCGUUUUUCCAUGGUUAUAACGUCAUCUGAUUUGAGUUGUUA